CCUGUGAUAUGAUGCGGAGUGAGACCUCUGUAUUUUCUCUCCUUGUUAGCAAAACACGAGCAGCAUGACCCGUGUGACACUUGAUUUAAAGACAAGGCAAGAUUUUGUUUAGUUUCACCAAUGCUCGUUUGAAGAUCCAUAAGGUAGACGAGGUAGAGGGCGUCAGUUAAGAUGCCAGCUGGUGUGGCCUGGCCUCGGUACCUGAGAAUGCUUGGUGCCAGUGUAUUGGCCAUGUUUGCAGGAGCACAGGCUGUGCAUCAGUACUACCAACCUGAUCUGAGUAUACCAGAGAUCCCACCAGAGCCAGGACAGCUUCAAACAGAACUGCUGGGUCCCAAACUCAGACAAGAAAUUGUUGCUGCUGCUUUGGAACGGUUCAGAGAAAAACAAAAAGAAGACUCACAUUUAAUUGUACAUCCACAAUUAAAAUGACACAUCAAGUUGUCAAGAGUUUGGAUGAAUUGAAUGGAAUGGAAUUUUCCUCAAUUUAGAGUAAUUUCCCAAACCAUCUGUAAACAUGUCUGCUCUACAUUUGCUACUUUUUCUCUUAAUCAUGACAUAAAAGAGGAAAAUCCAACAAUGGUUUAAUUGAAAUGCGCUUUAUUUUGAUUACUUUCUUUUUGCUAGCAUUUUAGCCUGUUUGGGUAUAUACAUGUGAAGUGAUGAACUAUAUAAAUAAACAGAAAGAAAAGUAAAAAAUGUAUUAGUAAAGAU